UCUAAAGAAACUAUAACUGGAUCCGAAAACGAAACCCUAUCUCUAGUUCUAGCUUUCGAAUUGAUAGAGAUUAGCUCCGUUUUCGGACAGAAAUCAAUGGAGAAGUAUUUGAGGGAGAAUUUUGACGUUGAGCCGAAGCGAGCUUCGGAGGAAGCUCGGAGACGAUGGAGAUCGGCCGUGUCUGUCGUCAAGAAUCCCCGGAGACGGUUCCGGAUGGUUGCCGAUCUCGCUAAGCGAUCCGAAACGGAAAGAAAGCGCCAGAAAAUUCAGGAAAAGAUUCGAGUAGCUUUAUAUGUGCAAAAGGCAGCAUUGCAUUUCAUUGAGGCGGGUCAUCGUAUUGAAUACAACCUCUCCGAAGAGGUUAGGCAAGCUGGUUAUGAAAUUGAACCAGAUGAACUAGCAUCUAUUGUUCGAGCUCAUGAUAUCAAGGGGCUGGAAUUCAAUGGUGGAGCUGAAGGAUUAGCAGGAAAAGUGUGUGUCUCACUGGAUACCGGUGUCAAAACAAGCGAAGUGCAUUCUAGACAAAGUAUCUAUGGCCUCAACCAAUAUGUUGAAAAGCCUUCUGGAACUUUCUGGAUGUUUAUCUGGGAAGCCCUGCAAGACCUUACUCUAAUAAUCCUCAUGGUAUGUGCCGCGGUUUCUAUAGGUGUUGGGAUCGCCACAGAGGGAUGGCCAAAAGGUAUGUACGAUGGGUUAGGAAUAGUACUCAGUAUUUUCUUAGUAGUGAUGGUUACUGCAACUAGUGACUACAAGCAGUCCUUGCAAUUCAAGGACUUGGACAAGGAGAAGAAAAAUAUAAUUGUUCAGGUGACCAGAGAUGGAUAUAGACAAAAGAUUUCUAUAUAUGAUUUGGUGGUUGGAGACAUUGUUCAUCUAUCCAUUGGAGAUCAGGUUCCAGCUGAUGGGGUCUUCAUAUCAGGUCACAGUUUAUCAAUUGAUGAAUCAAGCUUGUCAGGUGAGAGUGAGCCGGUGAAUAUCAACAAACAGAGGCCAUUUCUCCUAUCUGGAACCAAGGUACAAGAUGGGUCUGGGAAAAUGCUGGUCACAUCAGUCGGUAUGAGGACUGAAUGGGGAAGAUUGAUGGUUACUCUGAGUGAAGGGGGAGAAGAUGAGACACCACUGCAGGUGAAGCUGAAUGGAGUGGCGACCAUUAUUGGGAAGAUUGGUCUGGCUUUUGCUGUGCUGACAUUUUUGGUGCUGAUGGGACGGUUUCUGCUCCAGAAGGCACUUCACAGCAACAUCACAGACUGGUCUUUCAGCGAUGCAGUGACAAUUUUGAAUUAUUUUGCUAUUGCAGUUACUAUAAUUGUAGUUGCAGUCCCAGAAGGGCUUCCAUUGGCAGUGACAUUGAGCCUUGCUUUUGCAAUGAAGAAAUUGAUGAAUGCUAAGGCACUCGUGCGGCAUUUAUCUGCUUGUGAAACAAUGGGAUCUGCCAGUUGCAUUUGCACGGAUAAAACAGGUACGCUGACUACAAAUCAUAUGGUGGUGAAUAAAAUAUGGAUUUGUGAAAAGUCUAAAGCGAUAGAAACUAACGACAGUAAAGAUGUAUUUCAGUCUUUAAUCCCUGAAAAGGUAUAUAGCAUCCUUUUGCAGUCUAUAUUUCAGAACACUGGAUCUGAGGUUGUCAAAGGGAAAGAUGGAAAGGUUAGCGUUUUGGGUACUCCAACAGAAACAGCUAUAUUAGAGUUUGGCUUGCAUUUAGGUGGUGAGAGUGCCCACUACAAGGAGUCUGAGAUAGUGAAGGUUGAGCCUUUCAAUUCAGUCAAGAAAAAGAUGUCCGUGCUCGUAAGUCUUCCUGCUGGUGGGUUCCGAGCAUUCUGCAAAGGCGCAUCAGAAAUUGUUUUAGAGAUGUGCGACAAGAUUAUUAAUACCAAUGGAGAAUCUGUGUCCCUGUCUGCAGACGAGAGAAAGAACAUCACAGAUGUCAUAAAUGGUUUUGCCUGCGAAGCCCUUAGAACUCUAUGCUUGGCUUUCAAGGAUAUAGAAAACAGUUCUAAGGACGAUGAUAUUCCUUAUAGUAACUAUACACUAAUAGCAGUUCUUGGAAUCAAGGAUCCAGUUCGCCCUGGAGUAAAGGAUGCUGUUCGGACUUGUUUAGCUGCUGGGAUUACAGUGCGGAUGGUCACAGGCGACAAUAUCAAUACAGCAAAAGCCAUAGCUAAAGAAUGUGGCAUAUUGACUGAUGAUGGUCUGGCAAUAGAAGGGCCAGAUUUUCGUAACAAGAGCCCCCAGGAGAUGAAGGAGUUGAUACCAAAACUUCAGGUGAUGGCUCGAUCAUUGCCUUUGGACAAGCACACCUUGGUAAGCCAGCUAAGAAAUUCAUUUAAAGAAGUUGUGGCAGUGACUGGCGAUGGGACCAACGAUGCUCCUGCUUUGCAUGAGGCAGACAUUGGACUUGCCAUGGGCAUAGCAGGAACUGAGGUGGCAAAAGAAAAUGCGGAUGUGAUUAUAAUGGAUGAUAACUUCUCGACUAUAGUGAAUGUUGCCAGAUGGGGCCGGUCAGUCUAUAUAAAUAUUCAAAAAUUUGUGCAGUUCCAGUUAACAGUCAACAUUGUUGCUCUCAUGAUCAACUUUGUUUCUGCAUGCAUCUCUGGAUCUGCUCCUCUUACUGCUGUCCAGUUGCUCUGGGUGAAUAUGAUCAUGGACACUCUUGGUGCAUUAGCCUUGGCCACAGAGGCUCCAACUGAUGGCCUGAUGAAACGAGCUCCAGUUGGUAGGAAUGCAAAUUUCAUCACCCGAACCAUGUGGAGAAAUAUCAUAGGCCAAAGCAUCUAUCAACUAGCCGUCCUUUUGGUCUUCACCUUCCAAGGGAAACGGCUUCUAAAGCUCACUGGUUCAGACGCCAGUAAAAUUCUUAACACAUUCAUAUUCAAUGCCUUCGUCUUUUGCCAGGUAUUCAAUGAAAUAAACAGCCGUGAUAUGGAGAAGAUAAAUGUUUUCCAAGACAUGUUCAGCAACUGGAUAUUCAUAAUCAUAGUCGUCUCCUCAGUUACUUUCCAGGCCAUAAUGGUAGAAUUUUUGGGCACUUUCGCCGGAACAGUGCCACUGAGCUGGGAGUUGUGGCUAUUAAGCAUCUUAAUCGGGGCUGUGAGCUUAAUCAUCGCAGUUAUCCUAAAGUGCAUUCCCGUCGAACCAACAAAGCACACAGCCAUUGCCAAGCAUCACGAUGGCUAUGAACCACUCCCAAGUGGUCCGGACCGGGCAUGAAGGAAAGAGAUGAUCAUUUCCAAGGACCUGAUUGCAGACCUCAAUGGCAGCCUCAAGCGAUACCAAUUCAAGCUUUUGAGAAUCGGAGUAUAUGCUAGUCCCUUAUUCAGACGACGGUACAGUCGCAUACUCUUUCCAUUAUAUAUCCUCCCGCUGUUUGCAUGAACUCCAGGUAAGUUGUUGUUCAUUUUCCAAGGAUUUGUUUUUAUAUCCCUUGGUUGUGCAUUCAUUCAUAGAAUUCGGCUGGACUUUUAAGUUUGGAGUGGGAAUUUUCAUCAAAUGGAACCAGUGGCACUGGUACCUCCAGUCACCUGAAAAAGAGUGAAUUAUUCUUUCUUCUACUCGUCGGUGUAUCUUCUUUUUCCAUUAUAUUCUAUAACCAUUGCAGUCUUGUAAUGAACUGAAAACCCUACAUUGUUGCAGUAUGUAUGCAUUGAGUUUUCCAGCC